AUGAAGGCAAUCUCCAGAUCCUACUUCUUUGGGAAGGGAAUUGAUCAUGAUAUUGAAGAAGUUUCUAGGAACUGUGUCUAUUGUAUUAAGUUCAAAUCAGAUCCAGUAAGGGCAAGGGUCCAACACUGGGAAUAUCCAAGUGCGCCUUGGGAACGCAUUCACGCAGAUUUUGAAGGCCCUAUUUUUGAAAGAAUGUUGUUCUUGAUUAUCAUUGACGCACAUUCUAAAUGGCUAGAAAUGUAUACCUUAAAGUCAGCAAAUUCCUUUCAGACAAUUGAAUGUUUGAGAGACUGUUUUGCAAGAUACGGACUGCCUUUAGUAGUAGUGAGUGACAAUGGUCCUCAGUUUGAAACUUUUAUAAGGAAUAAUGGAAUUAACCAUUAUUGGGGAAUUUGA